UUAAAUCCCUACAUUCUAUGUGUCGACACGGACACGCAUCAAACCAUCAAAUUAUUCUUUUGUGUCCGUCACCCAGACUAACUUAAAAAACACUUUAUUUAAUCGACUCGGAUAACUGAACGAAAAGGCAGGCUUAAUCAUUAACAAUAAUUUCCACUCCACGGACAAAGUAGUGUUGAGAGUGACCUGCGUUUAUCUUCUGCCUAGGCCUAUAUCCCACACCUGAAUGGGCAGAGAUGUUGUGCGGUGCGUUUCCGCACCAAACUGACACUAGUGCCGGUACAAUUAGAGGCGUAUAUAUGCGCAACACCUGUGAAUUGGAACGCCCAGGAUUCCUACCACGCAGGAGUAUCGCACGCUGACCGACUGACUGACGUAUAAGCCAGCAACGCUGCCCAAACUGUGUGGGUUCGAUAGCGUUUCGAUGGGCAGUGUGGGCAGUGAGCGCGAUUUGUGGAGUCGCACGCACCGCGUGGCGCAGACAUCAGAUUCACUAAGGCUGUGGAAAUGCUAGAGUCAACUGCGAAGUUUGGUGUUGGAUGCUGGAUGCAGUGAAGGCGUGAUACGGCCAACGCGGUGACGUUCUACAGUAUCUCCAUCAACGGAUUUCCCUUCAACUGUUGAUCGGGUCUAUGCUGACUCUGAGCUAUAGGUCCGCGGCAUGCAUAAACUACGCAACGCUCUUCGGAUGCUUUUGAUACUCCACGUGUGUGCUGCGAGACGAGUCAAACAAGAUAGUGCUCUAAGGCAUCUUCAGCGCAGGACUGUCGAUGCUCACAAGCACUGCGGGGUAGAUUUUCCGUGUCUGAACUCCACGCAGUGCGUACCUCAAGAUGCAAUAUGUGACGGGACACCGGACUGCGAUAACGGCUCGGAUGAAUGGGAGAUGGAAGAGUGCCGAGACUUGAAUUUAGCGAAGAUGUGGGAUGAUUUCUUCGGCACAAAGGAUGAAUCUGGGGAGGAGGAAGAGGAUGAUGUAAAUCAAGGUUUAAGCCCCGAUCCACUGCCGCAAAGAUCGUUCGAUGCGCACGGGCAUUGCGGGGAGGACUUUCCGUGCAUUAACUCCACGCAGUGCGUUCCUCAGGAAGCAAUAUGUAACGGGGAACCAGACUGUGAUAACGGGUCAGAUGAGUGGGAGCUGGAAGAGUGCAGAGACUGGAAUUUAGCCAAGAUGUGGGAUGACUUCUUUGGGGAUAAAGCGGAAGACGAAGACGUCCGAAGAGAAAUUCCAUGUGAGAAAGGCACAUUCCCCGAAUCCUGUGACUGCUUUGUCGAGAUUGAAGAGACAAGGAAGGACUUGCCGUCCUUAGCGUCACCAUUCAAUGCGACUGGAGAUGCGUCUAUGGGCGCAGGUGUCGAUGACGUUGGCACGGAGACCAAUGUUACUGACGGGAUACCCUAUGGGUUGGGAGUGCAAGGCGUAGUCGUCGGUGUCAGGCUGGACUGCAGUGCUAGACAACUCACCGAAUUCCCAAGAAACCUCCCUAACAAAACCAUUUCACUCGAUUUGUCAGAUAACAAAAUUACCAGCCUGACGAAAAAAGACAUGGAACACUUGACACAUUUGCGUCAACUGUUACUAUCCAGGAACAAACUGCAGAACGUCGAGGAAGGGACUUUUGAAUCGCUGACAGAUUUACAAACAUUACGAAUGAUUGCCUGUGAUUUGGAAGAUGUGCCGCCGAGAAUGUUUGCAACACAAAACCGUCUAGUCACUCUAGAUUUAUCGUACAACAUCCUCACAAGGCUUGUCAGAGGAAGUCUGUUCGGCCUGCACAACUUGGAAUAUCUCGAUAUACGAGGUAAUCGGCUGGCUGAAAUCGAGACGGGGGUAUUCAAAGAUUCGUCCAGGAUUUACUUCAUGCACAUCUCACAAAACAGAUUAUCGUCAAUACCAGCAGAACUCUUCAGACCACUCAGAGAUCUCCGAUCCUUGAACAUUCACCGUAACGACAUCAGCAGUAUUGAAUGCGGUUCAUUUUCCACCAACACAAAGCUAAGAGACCUAAAUUUGGGUGACAACAAGUUGACUGAGAUCAAAAGAGGAUUAUUCCACAAUCUGACGAGCGUCAUCACAUUAUCUCUCCGCAAUAACAGUAUACGGCAUUUUGAGGAGGACGCUUUCGCUGGUAUGAACAACCUACAGACACUCAAAUUGAACCAGAAUCCCUUCACAUCAGUGCCGAUUGGUAUAUUCGAUAAACUAAGGAGUUUGAAAGCAAUCUACUUCGAUCAUUUCUCCUUGUGUGGUUAUGCUCCUCACGUUCGUCUGUGCAUGCCGAAGAGCGAUGGCAUCUCCACUGCUGAGAACCUCCUGGCCAACAAUCUCCUCCGCUUCGCAGUCUGGUUCGUUGCCCUCCUCGCAUCCCUCGGCAACGCCUUCGUACUCCUCGCUCGCUGUUUCGUCAAAGAGGACAAAAAGACACAUUCGUUCUUCAUCAUGAAUCUGGCUGUGGCCGACCUACUCAUGGGGCUUUACCUUCUGAUCAUCGGUAUCCACGAUGUCAUCUUUAGAGGAGUCUACAUCCUCCACGACUUGGCGUGGAGGACAAGCUCCGUGUGCAAGCUGAGCGGGUUCCUUAGUCUUCUCUCCAGCGAGGUCUCCAUCAUGACUCUGACUGUUAUUACAAUGGAUCGUUUCCUGAGUAUCGUGCACCCGUUCCGGUUCAAGAAUCGUAGUCUGGUCCACGCUCGUCUUCUGAUGGUGUUGCUAUGGCUACUCGGCGUCGCCUUGGCAACCAUUCCCUUGCUGCACACCGAGUAUUUCGGGGAGUUUUACUACGGGGGGAACGGCGUGUGUCUUCCCCUUCAGAUCGACCAGCCGUUCGCGAAUGGGUGGCAGUUCUCCCUCGUCAUCUUUGUCGUCUUCAACCUCGUGGCCUUUGCAUUCAUCUCCUACGCCUAUCUCAUGAUGUUCGUUACCAUCCGGCGGUCCAAUCUGGCCAUGAGAUCGACCAAGAAGAACCAGGACUGGGCCCUGGUCAAGAGGUUCACCCUGAUCGUCGCCACAGACUUCGUCUGCUGGAUGCCGAUCAUAAUUGUUAAAUUUGUAGCAUUGGGAGGUGUGAGUGUUUCGAACAGCGUGUACGCCUGGUUUGCCAUCUUUGUGCUUCCGAUAAACAGCGCCCUCAAUCCAAUCCUGUACACCAUGACAACAGUGCUCUUCAAGCAGAAGGUCUUGGCCCCGCUCGGCAUCGUCCGGGCCAAGCGGAAGAAAGGCUACCUCACGGGCAUCUCGGUCGACGAUACCUCCACCAUGUCCAAGAACUCCGGGACGAGGCUGUCUAUAAUCUCCACCAAAUCUCGGGGUGGCUCGGUGAAUGGGCGUUUCAGCUCCCACAAGAAGCUGAAGAAUUUUGAUUCACUGGAUUCUUCUGACGAGUCGGUCAUCUGUACCGCAACUAAAACAACCACCAAGAAACGCGCGGUGACCGUCGAGUAUCACCAACUGCCAGUAUCGGAUUCAGAUGAGCGCCCUCUUGCGUCAACUGUGACAUAAGUGCUCAGAGAAACACGAUUUUACUUGUGAGAAUUUUAAGUGAGAAUUUUACUGCAGCCUAUCAUUUUAUGAAAAUACCGACAUGUAAAUCAAACAGGAAUAUUUUUGUAAGGAACAAAAAGUUAUUUUUAAACAAAAUGCUGACAUAAGAGCCAAUUUACAGUAAAUUAUUUUUUUCAGGCACUCGGAAGCACCGUUGCCGAUGUAUAAAUAAGCGGCAAUGAGCCUCUGUACUGAUGACGUCACACUUUGUUUACAUGUGCACUUUCCUAUGGAGCCAGUGGGGCAAUGUACGCCAGAUUUGGCGCUAGUUACUGGACCCCAUUUUUUGAAGUCCAAAGGACAAUAGGGUCAGGGAACCAGACUGCGUAAGUGUCAAUUGCACUUUUUCUCUGUCGUUAGUGAAUUUGUGAUCCGCAGGUACAUGUACUUGACCAUUGUGCGCCGAAAAAAACUCGGCGAUAUAUUUAACAAACUUAAAUAAACCUUAAUGUUCAAUAGGGAAACGUUGCAUUUUUUGGGAAGAACGUUGUCAACUCAAAUUAUUUAUUUUGAGUAUAUAUAUAUAUUAACUAAACUGUGACAUGUUGAUUAUUGAUAUUUAUUUGUGAGAGUGUGCAGUUUGCGAUGUAAUAGAUUAUUGGCAAGUUGUAUCUGCGCUGUAAAAAUAUCAGUAGGCCCCUUUUUGUGUUGUUGGAGACAAAAAGUGAUUACUCUUUUUUUAUGUGAUAUUUAUUCGAGGCGCAUAAACAUUUUAUUCUUUAAUCAAACCUCCUAUGGAAACGUGCAUUGUCAGCCUGGUUAUUACUUGGGUCAAUAUUGGUCAAGACCCCCGUUGGUUUGUACACAGUAUGCCAGGAGGUGAGGAAGAAAAUUUUGACCGAUUGUGACCUCUUAAAUAGCAGGAGGGUUAAAGAAAACAUACCACGGAUCUUGAUGAACAAGUGUAUUCAAGGUAUAGGUCCUGUAUCUGUCGUAAACUAAUCAGAAAUGUCAUGAACUGAAAACUUUAUGAGAUUGAUUUUGUAUCGUUUCGGUUUGCGGUAACACCAUGUGGUAGAUACUGAUACUCCACCAUGCAAAGCCUAAAAUCUUAUAACAUGAUUUUGUAGAUUGUGUCAAAAUUUCAGCAUUGCAAAGCAUUGAGAAUAGCAACAAAAGUUUUUAAAUCCUCGAGAAAAUUUUAAUUUCAUAUGCUUGCUCUAGUGCAUACACUGUAUAUAUAUAUAUAAUGUUAUUCAUUAAGACUAUUGUUACUAUGCGGUGCCUUUAAAAUAUAUAUCUCUAAACUAAAACAAAGAGCACAACAUUUCUCCGAUUUUUGACGAACAUA